UAGCUUUGGGGCUAAUUUUGAGCCAGUUAUAGUUAGCGAAAAGUAUCAAAACUAUAAACUAAAGCUUACAAUAAAAAGUUCUUCGCAGGUUAACUAUAUGCAAAACAUCUUGAACCACCUUCUUCAGAAGGUAGUAGUUUAUAAAGUUUGUAUAUGAAGUGUGUAGGUAAUAACAUGGAUGGACGGUUGACGUGUAUAGCAGCAGGGAUUUUGCAGUGUUGUGUCCGACAGUGGCAACUUGUGUAUUAAAUUAGGUCGCACUUGCCAGCAUUGGGACCAGACUAUUCACCGGUAGGGGAUUAAUCCAACCACAAGCUUGGGAAAUGGCUUCUGGCAAUGCCUAAUUUUCACAAGGUUUAUCUACACAUAAUGAACCUCGUGAUUAUGAACAUUGACAAAAGUUCUGAGGGGUCGACGUGGAGAAUAAUUUCUCUGGAGUGAGUGAAGAGCUCCCUCCUGAAGAAGUGUGAAACAUGCCCCUGCCAUUUGGCUUUAAACUCAAAAGAACUCGAAGGUAUACUGUUUCAAGCAAGAGCUGUCUUGUCACUCGGAUACAGCUGCUCAAUGGAGAGUUUGUUGAGUUUACGCUUUCAGUGGAGAGCACCGGGCAGGAAUGUUUGGAGGCAGUUGCUCAGAGACUGGAGUUAAGAGAGAUAACAUACUUCAGCCUGUGGUACUUCAACAAGCAGAACCAGCAGAGAUGGAUCGACUUGGAGAAGCCGCUGAAAAAGCAGCUGGACAAGUACGGGCUGGAGCCCACUGUUUACUUUGGAGUCGUGUUUUACAUACCCAGUGUCACCCAACUGCAACAGGAGAUCACAAGAUAUCAGUAUUAUCUGCAGCUAAAGAAGGAUGUUCUGGAGGGCAGGAUCUCAUGCUCACUUGAACAAGCUGUCCGUUUAGCUAGCUUGGCUGUGCAAGCUGACUUUGGAGACUUUAAUCGAUAUGACUCUCAGGAGUUCCUUCAGAAGUUUGUCCUGUUCCCUAUUGACUGGAUUCAGGAUGAACGAGUGCUGGAGGAGGCCACUCAGAAAGUGGCUCUUCUCUAUCAGUCCUUUAGGGGUUUGUCAGCCCCAGAGGCAGAGAUGUUGUACAUGCAGGAGGUGGAGAAGAUGGAAGGGUAUGGGCAGGAGAGCUAUCAAGCCAAGGAUAGCACAGGCACAGAUGUUACAUUGGGAUCCUGCCUCGAUGGCAUCUUUGUCAAGCAUAAAAAUGGCAGGCCACUUCUUCUAUUCAGGUGGAAUGAAAUUAACAACAUGAGUCACAACAGGUCCUUCUUUGCCCUGGAGCUAAACAACAGAGAGGAGAGUGUUCAGUUCCAGACCGAAGACAUGGAAACCUCCAAAUAUGUGUGCCGGAUGUGUCUGGCCAGACUCAAGUUUUAUAAGAUUAACAAGAGUAGUCUAGAGGAGUGUGACCCCCUGCCUUCUGAGGGCUCCCAGAAGUCCCUUCUCACUCUAUCCUUUCCUCGCUUUCCAAUGCUUUCUCGUCCCUCUCUGCCUUCUAAUAAGGGCCAAAGCCAGCCCACAGUCGUCAACCCUGUCAGAAGGAGAUCCUCUACUCGACUUUCUCUGCCGAAGCCUCAAGGCUACAUGAUGCCCCCUCCACAAAUGCACUACAACGGCCACUUCACAGAGCCGUACACAUCAUCACAAGACAACCUUUACAUGAACAAUCAGAACGGUUAUUAUUACCACUCCCAGACCAGCCUGGACUGCUCUCCUCUGGAGUACGGUAGUGGAGGGCGUUUACGCAAUGGCAGUGUGUACAGCGCCCACAGCACGAGCUCCCUAACCAAUCCUCAACACUACCUUCAACCCUCUCCCAUGUCCUCCAACCCCUCUAUCACCAGUGACAUCACCAGGCCUGACUACAUCCCCUCACACCGCCACAGUGCUCUGAUUCCUCCUUCUUAUCGUGCCACGCCUGAUUAUGAGACGGUGAUGCGUCAGAAGUCCCGAGGUGCAGGCGGGGGGAUGGUUUUGUCUCAGGAGCACCGGCAGAGCCACUCAAUGAGGAAUCUUAACAUCGGAAACUCCUACGCAUACAGCAGACCCGACCCACUGGUUUACAGCCAGCCUGAGAUCAGAGGAGAGCAUGGUGGAGCAGCUCAGCACCACCAUUACCCCUUCCAUCUGGGCUCAAGCUUCCACAGCCCCUCCCCAUACCCCUAUCCCACAGAGAGGAGGCCUGUGGUGGGAGCUGUUAGCGUCCCAGAGCUCACUAAUGUCCAGUUACAGCAGGCGCAGGAGUAUCCAGCUCCUAACAUCAUGAGAACACAAGUGUACCGGCCACCGCCACCCUACCCCUAUGCCAAUCCUCGGCCCGCUAACAGUACCCCUGACCUGUCGCGCCACCUUUACGUCAGCAGCAGUAACCCUGACCUGAUUACGAGACGUGUGCAUCACUCGGUCCAGACUUUCCAGGAGGACAGCCUUCCUGUUGCACACUCUUUACAGGAAGUGUCAGAGCCCCUUUUCAGUGGACCUCCACACAGACACCCGUACCAUGCUCAGAAGCGUAACUCCAUCGAGAUCGCUGGAUUAGCUCAAAGUCUGGAGGGGAUGAGGGUCAAAGAGCGGACUGUGUCUUCUUCUGCUCCUGAACCAGCCACACCUCCCCCAGUCCUGCACGGUCGCCAAUCUCAGGGCUCUCAGCUCAACGUCUUUCUGGAACGUGCUAAGACGGAGGACAGGGGAACCAUUAAAGAAGACGUACACUACGGGCACAAAAAGUCCCUUUCUGAUGCCACCAUGCUGGUCCACAGUAGCGGGGAAGAACAGGAGUUUGAGGAGGACAGUGGGCGUCACACUCCACUUUCUCAGGAUGCAAUUGCAGCAACUCUUCCAGAGCAGACGUCACAACCACAUCACAGCUUGACAUCGUUCUCUUCUCUGACAAAUCAGCAACAGACUCCCAUGGAGCCACCUCCUGCAUAUCCCAUAGGAUCCUCUCUUGACCCCGCCAUUACAAGCUCCAUGUCCUAUAAAGUUCACCCCUUAAUCCAGGAGGACGAGCCUCUGUAUCUACUGUCAGAUUUAAGACAGCCUAGGAUUAUGCCCUCUGUCUCUGAGGGAGACCUGAGUGGACAAGCCAAGCAGAAGACCAAAAAGGACUUCAAGAAGAGGCCUGUGUCUGAUGUGCCUGCUGGGAAGAAAACUGUGGAAGGUUUACCCCCUCCGGGCAUGAGGAAAGGAGCCAGGUCAGAGGUGAAGAAGAUGGGCCCUCUGAAGGUGGCCCACCUCAACGGCCUGUCGGUGUCAAGGCAGCCGAUAAUCGACGAGUUCAAGGACGAGCCCGAACGAGCCUCGAAUGACGAGAGGUGUAAAGUGCUGGAGCAGCACAUGGAGAGGGGCGAGGUGCUCAAAGAGUACGAGAGUAUCCCAAAGAGACGUUCAUCAGGGGAUUGCACCAUCGCCCAGCAGCCAGAGAGUGGAGACAAAAACCGCUUCCAGGAUGUCUUGCCUUAUGACGACACCCGAGUGGAACUGGUGCCCACUAAAGAGAAUAACACAGGAUACAUUAAUGCGUCACAUAUUAGAAUAACAGUGAGUGGACAGGAGUGGAGCUACAUCGCUACGCAGGGUCCGAUGUCAAACACCUGUCAAGACUUCUGGCAGAUGGUGUGGGAACAGGGUGUCUCUAUCAUUGCCAUGGUAACAGCUGAAGAGGAGAGUGGCCGAGAAAAGAGCUUCAGGUACUGGCCCAGGCUCGGCUCACGACACAACACUGUGACAUACGGCCGCUUCAAAAUCACCACACGGUUCCGCACAGAGUCAGGCUGCUAUGCCACCACAGGGCUGAAGAUCAAACACCUCCUGACGGGCCAGGAGAGGACGGUGUGGCAUCUGCAGUACACAGACUGGCCUGACCACGGCUGUCCUGAGGACUUCAAAGGCUUCCUCACCUACCUGGAGGAGAUCCAGUCAGUGAGAAGACACACAAACAGCAUCAGUGACCCAAAGAACACAAACCUCCCUGUGCUGGUCCACUGCAGUGCUGGAGUGGGACGGACGGGGGUGGUCAUCCUGUCUGAGAUCAUGAUCGCGUGUCUGGAGCACAAUGAGGCGCUGGAUGUCCCAAAAUUCCUGGCGAAGCUGCGCGCUCAGAGGAUGAUGAUGGUUCAGACCUUGUCCCAGUACACCUUCAUCUACAGGGUCCUCAUCGAAUACCUCCGUAACUCCAGGCUCAUAUGAGCCUAGCAUCCUCUAACAUCACAGUCAUUAUACACCCCUGUAGGAGGGAGAUUCCUGCAGGUUUCUGUCAGACUGCUCUGUGAGGAUGCAGCUGUGUAAACCUCAGUUUAUGGAAGUGUUAAAUCCAAGGCUGAUGGAAUGAUGUGUGGAUAUUUAAGAAUGAAGUGUUACCACAUGAAGGAGCAUAAAGACUUCUCUUUGAACAGUAUUAUAUUAUUUUUACAGACAUUAUUGCUUGAUAAACCCCAGCACUUUUACAGUUCUCUGCUGUACAUACUGAACCAAUGUUAAGCUGCAUUAAAAUAAUUUUUAUAAAAGACCCUUGCAUUAACAGCUAGUCCAAGCAUUUGGAUACCAAGAGGUUAUCUUAAAUGUUAGUGUGAACGCACUUCAGUCAGUUUGACACCAGAUAACUCAGACUGCAUAUGGAGGUGGUCUGGGAGGCCUUCAUACAUUUUAGUUUGGUAGUGUAGAUGCUAUGACAUUAAAGACUGUGCUGUCGACUGGCAAAAUCUUCAGCAUCCACUUGUAAAUGUGGGUUGUUUACAUAUGCCUGCCAAGAUUCUGUGAAACCUUGUGAGGCUGUUGGACAGGCCAGCAGGUGUGUGGUCUCUACUGGUCUCACGCUCUGGCUGGGUCCUCUGGUAUGUUGGCUCACAGAAUUAUGAGACAAAUAAUUUGAAAUUGUCUCUUUGUCUGUGUCUUUUUAAAAUUGUUUAAGAUUUGAAAAUCUUUGAGUCUGUGGCCAGCCUAAAAAGUAUUACUUGAUUAGGAUCUUAACUGUGGGACUCUGGCUGAGAAAACGGCUUCAUCUGGUCUGAUUUUCUUCCACACAAUCAGCUAUUUUUGUCUUAAUAAUCUCAAACAUCAAAGUUUUGGCUUGUGCAAGUUUAUGGGUUUCGAAGUUAAAAAAAAAAAAUCACGUUUUUAAAAAUAAUUAAAAAUCAAGUUUUUGAAUUAUUAACUUGAAAAUUUGAGCUUUUGUCUUGAAAAUGAACAGAUCUUUAUUAUUUAGUUUGCAGAGUGGCCCUUGAACGCUGUUGUAAUGAAGGCUAAUGCUGGCAUUUCUGAGCAGUGUUCAAGCCACAAAGCUUCUUCUGAGUCAUUGAGGGAUGAAAAACUUCUAAGUUGUGGUUAUUACAUUUUUGAAGCACAGUAGUUUAAUCAUGUUGCUGCCACUCUAAUCUACUACCAUUCUCUUUUGGGGUUUGUUUUCACCUGGAGAGUGGGACGUAUCAUUGGACUGCUCUUAUUUAUUGCAGUUUGUCGCUGAAGACUCACACCUAUGAAGUGCAGUAAUCUUGGUAUCCAAAUAUUCAAAACGGGUCUUAAUGCAAGGUGUGAACAACCUCAUAUCUGUAGAGGAAACUGUUUUCUAUUGACAAAGGUCACUUUUUAAAAUAACUAUUUUGGGAAUGCUGUAAGGUGAAGAUAAGAAAGAAGAAAGUGUCUACAGAAAUGAAGAUGGAGUAAGCUCAGAAUAAUCAGUGUUUAAUGAAGGUUUGAGAGCAGAAGGUUGUUGCAUUUUUAAGACAGAUGGGUCAGAUCCUGAAUUUAUGCUCAGAAUAUGAAGGUUUACCUAUAUAUAAUCCCCAUGCUGUUAUGGGCAAACAUAUAGAAAAUCUGUCAUAAUAACACUAAAAUGGAGGGUAAAUGUUAAUUUAGAAAGUGAAGAGCUGUUAAGUUUUACUAACACUGGAUUGAUGGGGAGGCACAGGUUUAAUAACAGAGAAGGUUUUUGAUUUAAACCAGAAAACUUAUUUUAUACCUGACCCUUUCCUCACUUUUUAUGACUGUAAUGGAGAGCUGCAUUUAAGAAAAGUCAGCAUAAUUUAAAAUAUUCUGUCAAGACAAAGUGCCUACGUUUCUGCAUUGUAAAUCUGAAAGAGCUAUGUACUUUCCCAUAUAUGAAGGAUUUAAAGGACUUUUCCUUAUUCAGUCAUUUAUUGUCUGUUUGAUUGCAGUGAUUUUUUUUUAAGUUGAUCAAAUAAUUUGAGACCAAUCCCUGCAGAAAGCACAAGGAUUGCAAUCAGAUGUGAUUAUAACUCUUGUAACUGAUUUUGCCCUACAAAGUUAUGACUGGUAUUUUAUUUUGUAUAUAAACUUGGUAAGGGUCUGUUUUGACAGUAUUCAUAUUAAACAGUGCCAGCUGUGGUGCUCAGUGUGAAGCAGAGAUAGAUCACUGGAGCUCGACGCGGUCUGUCUGCUGCAGCUCCAGGGUGGUUUUUAGGGCGUAUGAAAUUUCCCUCUGCAGAACUAAUGCUUACAAACAAACACGGCAAAGUUUACAUCAACUAACAUAUCAUUCAUUUAAGCACCAGCUUCAGUUCUAAUGUGGCCAAAGAGAAGUGAUCGUCCACCCCUCGUUUGUCUCAUGAUGAUGAUUUUCUUGUUUGUGUCAGACACAAGGGCACUGAUCUUAACUGGAGAAAAAAACUGUCAAGACUGACGUUAAAAUCAACUUGUACUGGAUCGCUUUGUUGAAUCUGCUUCAGGGUUUCUGUUUAUAAGAAACUGAGUCUUAUUUCAGUGAAUGAGAUUUUUGUGGCCAAGGUGUGACUGUUUAGUCCAUGUACAGCUCUGUUGUUUAUAAUGUACACAUGUAAAGUUCUGCUUUUAUGAAUAUUGUUACUGUACAAACGAUGUAUAAACUGUAUGUACUGAACUAAAAUGGUUUGACAUUGAAAAAAACAAGUGUAGAAAUCUCAGACAAGAAUAAAUCA